GCCGCCUAACCGAUUAUCGUUUUUUUUUGAAAUAUACAGUUUUGCUGCAAACUUGAUAGAUUUUUUUUUUUGAAAAUUAAAGGCAAAUUGUAUGUUCCGUUCCUAAGAAGUUACUUUGAAUGCAACGGAAAACAGGACUGAAAGUUUUUAUCCGGCCUUUUUCUGAGCUCCCCUCAUUGAAGUAGAUUGAAUUAAAUUGGAAAUGGGAUGAAAAUUAAAUUGAAUGAAAGCUCCCUGAAGAAAUCGGUCUUAAAAUUUAUGCAAACAAACGAGCCAAGCAUUCUUUGCGCUUUUAAAUUGUUGUCACUUAUCGCCAUCGGAAAGAAAGCUGAGCUGGAUUUUCAUUUCAGUUGAAUCCCUAUAAUUAGCCUAUGGAAGAGUCUUCUUCAGAGCGUCUGAAGUUACUACUUCAAGAAAAAAAACAACUCAUCGGCCUUCAAUGCGAGUUGAAACUUCUGUGCCAUGAAUUUCUACAGCAACACUCCUAGCGACUGCGGAACCCGAAGCAGAGAGCACUCGGAUCGCCGGAAACUAUCGAGAGCACACUCGGAAGAAUCUGUCCUGCGGCCGAAACGAAAGAGUGAAGGAGGUGAAGCGAUGACGUCACUGCCGGAUACACUCAAACCCCUCCUGCUUCAGUCCACCGCCCACGGGAUACCCAGAGCAGCCAGGGGACCCAGUCUGUUCCGAAGAGUGUUCUGGGUCGUCAUCUUUGUCGUCUGCUUUCUCAGCUUCAUCGUACAAACUGGAUACUUAUGCGCACGUUUUUUCAGCUUCCCCGUGAACACAAAACUAACAGUUCGAACCCGGAAGAACGUCACGUGGCCGGCUGUGACCGUCUGCAACCUGAACAAGUUCUCCAAGGUCAAAAUAGACAACGGAAACCUGGUCAACCUCAACGGAAUGAUAUUCCAGUCGGCCAUCGAGCUGAUGUACCAGGAGUACCAAGAAUGUCGGGAGGAGGAGCAGAUGUUCGACUGUGGAAACGGGGAGUGUGGCUUCUCCUUCUGGGCGUGUGACGGGACCUACGACUGCAACACCAACAGGGACGAGAGGAACCUCGGCUGUUGCAGCGCCAUAGAGAGCCAGUACGAGAUGAAUCAACUAGAUCAAGAGGAAACAGAUUACGUCAAUCCCUACAAUGGUGAGACCUUGGAUGACCUUCGGUUUGAGUGUGCAAAUGCAAGCGGCUACUGCGUGCAUGGUAAAUUGAGGUGCAAUGGCGUGGUGGACUGUCCCGACGGCUCCGAUGAGGCGAACUGCGACGGACUCCGCCAGAAAGAAGACGCGCGACCCUGGUUCGAAGCUUACAAAAAAGGAAGUCGGGAAGACUAUUCCGAUUUACAGGCGGCCGGAAUAACCGGACCCGAAAACGUCCGGAAUAACGGCCAACAAAUUGAAGACUUCAUUACUCAGUGCUCGUUCGAUUCUCUUGUUUGCGAUGUUGAAGACUUUUAUACGUGGCAAAAUGACGUGUACGGAAACUGUUUUACUUUCAAUCACAUCAAAAAACCCGCCAAAACCACAGUUCGCGAGGGUUCCCAAUAUGGUUUGAAACUCGCGCUUUUUGUCGACCAAGAUGACUACGUCGGGCUACUAUCACCGGCUUCUGGAGUUCGGGUCUCGAUCCACUCGCGAAACAUCAAACCGUUUCCCGAAGACGACGGACUCUCAGUAUCGCCAGGCACCGCAACAUCAAUUCGGAUCCACGAGAAGAAAUUCACUCGUCUCGGUUCUCCAUACGGUGACUGUACCGAGAACGUCUGGCCCGAGUCAGUAAAAAGCGAUUCGGCUUUGGAGUUCGAUUAUUCGACCAAGUCGUGUAAUAAAUACUGUUUCGCCGAGUACAUUUUCAACAAGUGUGGAUGUUUGAGUUCGUUGAUAUUGGCUAAAAAUAACACAAGAGAUGAAGAUUUUUGUACAAUUAUAAAUGUGACGCAGAAGAUUUGCCAAGAAGAGGCGUUAGUUGAUUACAGCACAGGUAAACUGCAGUGCAACUGUAAAGUACCAUGCGAAGAGUACAAGUAUCAGACGACUCUCUCUUCGGCUAAAUGGCCCGAGAUGUCUUAUUUGUGGCAUUUUGUGCGUAUGCUGUACCGCGAAACAGGUCGAAAGAUCAAAGAGUUCACUUCCGAUAUCCGAAACAACCUCGUGGAAUACAAGUUCUCGACAUACGCAGGCCUCCAAGGACUCAAAGAGGUUCGCGAGAACUUCGUCAAACUCGAGAUCUAUUUCGACGAUCUCUCGCUGGAGGAAAUUUACGAAGAAAAACAGCUGUCGAUUGAGACUUUUCUCAGCGGAAUUGGAGGUUGUUUGGGACUAUGGGUUGGUCUCAGUAUUAUUUCUCUAGUCGAGGCGUUUGAAGUUGCAUUUUACAUGGUCCACUGGUGGUGGAACAAAGUUUCUGUGAACGAUUCAAAAAAAUGCGAAUCAUCUUCGUACGCGAAUUCAAAAAACUACAACGCCGAGCUAAGCCCAAUGGGUAAUGUUUUGGGAUACGUUUCUAGGAACGAUUUGGGCACAAAUCCGAACAUCCCGCCGAAACAAAAGGGUUUCGCAAAUCUUGCGAGUAAUGACUUUGAGUCGGAUCGCUGCUCCCCUUUUUUGAAACCGACAAAUAACUGCGGGUUUAUUCAAGUUAAUAACUGCGAAAAUGAGAGUCCUUUUAAAGUACCGAGCAGAAAAUUCCGACCAAAAAACGAGACACAACCGCCUCCGAGCUGGCACGAAAGCGUGAACAUUCCGAAAUAUGAUUCGAAUUCUUGGAACCACAAAUUUUUAGGAAAUGCACCUCCAAAUUACAAUAAUAUAGUUGAUGGUGAUCAGUUAUUGGUUAAUAAUAACGCGCUUCAUGAAUCAUCCGCGCCCCAAGACCGAUCGACUGUUUCCGAGAGUUUAAGCGACGACCCUCAACGGUUCCUCAGGGUCGGAAAAACAUCAAACAAACUGUUCACUAAUUUCAUUUGAAUAUGUUUGAGUUUCCAUCUAGCUGUAUAUAUUCAUUUAUAUAGUUUAUA